GUAGUAGAUAAUGAAAUAGGCUAAAGUGUAAUUUUCCUGCCCCACCUUUUAUAGUGCGUACAUUGAAAAUUUCAUUGUUUCUCUACUGCUGUGUUUGCUAUUUUACUUCCUAUAGAAAAAUCAUUUUUUUAAAAAAAUGCUGGAAUAACUAUACAGUCCAGGGCUUCCAGUGGGUGGUUUCAGGAACCAUCAUUUUAGAAACAUAAUUUGUUAGAACAGACUUCUAGGAUUCUUCCUGAGAAUAAAUUAAUGUCUUUUGAGAAAAUAGGAAGGCCAGAAGUUGCUUGUUAUGCUAUUUGGAGACAGUCCCAAGAAUUACCCAUAUUUAUUAUCUUAAAAAAUGUUUAAAGCAGGACUUCUAAAAUCUCCAAAUUACCUUUGAAAGUUAUGCUGUGGACUUAGCAUAAAGUGAUUGCCAUAAUAGAUAUGGCCACCAUGACUAAAUUCAUUUACCAGGACAUUAGAUUGAUUCCUAAAUUCCACAGUUCUCCACCAUCCUGGUUUAUCUUUCUCUGAAUUGGUAUGCUCACUUCCUAAGAAAGCAUUGGCUGGUGUAGCUUCUCUUCUCUCCCUGAUCUAAGAAUGCUUAGGGAUUCCAGAAACAGUCAAAAAUAAAAGAUGAAGUUGGUGUUUAACUUACAAGAAUCAGCUUUCUAUUCAAGUAUUUUAAAUAUAUCAUAGAAAGGGAGGUAGGAAAGGGAACACACCAGGCCCCAAGACAAAUGCAAGAAAGCUCCUUAAUGGAGGUCCAAGUGGGGAUAGCAUUCCAUUUUAAUAUAUAAAAAAACUUAAAUCAUUUUCAAAUUAUUAGGAAAUACACUUUGUAAAGCAACCUAUGAACUUGGGACAGAAGCCAUGCUUCAAAUCAACACAUAUUUAUAGUAUUACAACAAAAUGAGUCGACUUCUCCAGACAACAUUAUCCAUAUCAAGCAAGUGUAAAUACUAGGAGUUACCCAACAGAAGAAUCAAUUAAUACUUUUAAAUAUAUAUAUAUAAAUAUAUUCAUCUUUUAGAUGCUUUUUAAGAUUUAUUAACUCUGAAAAACAGUUGUAAACAUUUCUGUAGAAGAAGAGGUAGAUUUUUAGGCAGUUACAGCAUUUAUUAAUCAAAGAAUUUAUCUUUUUCUUUUUGGGGGCACCCUCCUGGCUUCCCUUCCAACUACCAGCCCUUAUUUUUUGUUCUUUGUACUGUAUCAGCAUCGGUAUGUGAAGAUUAUCUUUUAGAACAUCAUAUAAACACAAAAAAACAGAUGACCUUGACUUAGAAUUUAAUUAUUUUGCUCAAAGUUUGUUCCAUUUAAACAUCUGUGUAAUCAAGUACUUCUUGACACAGAUUGUUGUGAAUAUGUUGGUUUAGAUGUGGGGAAAGACUAGAUAUCUGGGUUUGUUGCAAAAUCUGGUUCCCACAUUGGCAUCAUUGUCAAUACUAUACUUUCUCAGCUGAUAGGUCCACACUUGCAUAUUGACAAUACUUAAUCGAAGCAGAUUCUCAUAAGCACCAAGAAACAAGAGAACAAUGAUGCCAUCACAAAAAAAUUAAUGGACACUAGUUUAACAUCAUGGAGGAAUGAGUUGAAAUUUGGAAAGAGAUUUCUUAAACUAGCUUCAUUUCCAACUACUUUAUGCACAAGUUUGGUCUACUGAUUAAGGCAUAGGCUAGAAAGCAAUAGAUUCUGAGUUCAAGCCCUGUCUUAACCCAUGAAAGCCAUUUAGCUGACUUUGGGCCAGUCAGUCAGCCCUAUUCACCUCACAGGAUUGUUGUUGGGAAAAUAGGAGGAGGAAGGUGUAUUGAAUAUGUUUGCUGCCUUGAGUUAUAUAUAUAAAACAAUACAAUUAUAAUAAUUUCUAUAAAUAAUAAAAAUGAGAUAUAAAUAAAUAAUAAAAAACAUCUGAAGGCCACCAUGGAGAAGAAGCAAUAGCAGAGUUUCUCACUCUUGACAAUUUGAAGAAGUAUACAUUUCAACUUCCAGAACUUCCAAGCCAGCUUGCUAAGGGUGAGAAACAUUGGUACAUAGUGUAUAGAAAAAUCAGUGGAAGAAAUCAGAUGCAUAUUUCUUGGUUAUAUCGUAAUUUGAUAUGGCACAUAUUUGGAUGCAAAACAGGAAAAAUGAAUGUCAUAUCUUGUUCUUUAGCAGAUAAAGCCUUCAUACUUAAUAUUAAGUAAAUUCUGGACCUUACUUCUGAAACAUGAAUUUCACAUUUUUUGGUCAUUUUAAAAGAUAAAACACUUGGGAGCAGUACAUAGAGAAGGAGUUUAGUAUCUUAGUAGAUCAUAAACUGAAUGCAAGCCAAAACUAUGGCAUCACUAUUACAAACAUACACAUACAUACUUAAUGUGCAAUCUUAAGCUAUGCUAAUAAAAGCAAAGUCCAGAUCACUGGAAAAGGCAGUUAUUAUUCUACAUUAGUCAGGCUGCUUUUGGGGUCCUGUCAUGUGUUAGACAUUAUAUCUUAUGAAUAAUGUUGAAAAAAGAGAAUAUAUGCAGAGAUAGGUGAUUGGGAUGAUCAGGAGAAGAAAUCCACUAAAGAACUUCUAACUCUAACUUACUUAGCAAUGCUUGUCACAGUCUUCAAAUAAUUGAAAAGGUACCAUGAAGAAGCUGUUCCCCGAUGCUUCCCAUAACAAGACUGCAACCAACUUCCUCCCUAAGAUGAAGUCAAGAGACUGACCAAGGAGCUUUUGUGGAGAAUCCUCCUCCAUCUCUUAGAACCAUAGAAGGAAACCUCAGAAGUGAUCUAAAGCAAAAUAACAUAACUGCUUCAUUUUGCUUUUAGAAAGGAAGGGGACAUCUUACUUCAGAAAGCAUAAAGCUUAUAUUCUUUCAGUGAAGCAAGACAUUGUGCCUUCAAAGUUUUGCACAUUGAGAUAAACUACUUAGCAGCAAAGAAGAUGGUCAUGAAUGUGAUGGAAUUUCCCUUGGUUGAAAUACAGAAGUUAGAAAAGCAUUUCUUGUAGUUCCUACAUUCCCAGUUGUACAAAGGGCUUGGCUGAAUUCCCUCUAAGGCCAUUCUGCGUUAUCAGUCUCUUAGAUUAAUGUGCUCCCAGGAGAAUGUGUCAAUAUUAUAUACAAUAUAGCACUAUACUUUCAACAUUCUGAAAUAUCUUAAGACCUCCUAGUAGUUGACAUUCUGAUGAUGAACAUAGUGCGAGGAAUUUUGGAAUCAGUUUUUAGUACACAAGUUUUUUCUAUCAUAAGCACGACUUCAUCUAUAUUUAGUUCCUUAAUGGCUACAUUAAAUUUAUUCCUCAUCCUCAUAAGACAUUGUCAUAAGACUUUCCUGAAAAUCAAAAGCUGUCCUUCCCAAGAGCAUCUCUGCUCCAGCACAAUAGUAGCAAGCUCACACCCAUCACCCCUUCCUUUUUGUAUUACUGCGGAGGAGUUGGUGGCAGGCAAAUGCUGCUGGUCUUGGUACUAGCAUGAAUGGUAUGGCACAAGGGCCCAUUGUUUGGCCUCUGACAUUGCCCUUCAGCAUUGGGAGGUACUGAGCACUGCAUGUCCUAGGUCUCUCUUUAAAAGAUGUAGCUGGGCUAUUACCAUUCAUAUAAUCCAUCUGGCUCUUGCUAAGAAUCGCUCCUGUCAUUGUCCUUGCUCCCAACCAGAAAAACUAUGUGCAACAAAUUUGUGGGAAGCUGGAAACUCAUCUCUAGUGAAAAUUUUGAUGAUUACAUGAAAGAAUUGGGAGUGGGAUUGGCGACUAGGAAACUUGGUAACUUGGCAAAACCUAAAACCAUCAUCAGCAUGAAGGGUGAUGAGGUCACAAUCAGAACAGAAAGUGCCUUUAAAAAUACACAGAUCACAUUUAAGUUGGGUCAAGAAUUUCAAGAAACCACAGCUGAUGGCAGGAAAACCAAGACUGUUGUAACCUUAGAAAAAGGAGCACUGGUUCAAGUGCAGAAAUGGAAUGGCAAGGAAUCGACAAUAAGGAGGAAACUAAUUGAUGGGAGAAUGGUGGUGGAAUGCAUCAUGAAAGGAGCCCUGUGUACAAGAGUUUAUGAAAAAAUGUGACAAAACUCGAAGUUUAUACCAGAUGAGACUAGUUCUUCAAUCCACAUCAUUUCCUUGAGUGGCUGAGGAAUUGACAUUUCUGUUCACCUUUUCCCUUUUUGCCUUUUACAGGAGAGCAACUAAGCUAUAAGUAUUCAUUUUAAAAAAUUAAGAAAGUAGAUCACAUUUGAGACUAAACACAUACUUAGCAUUGUAUAAAUGUGUAAUUUUGGUGAGAUUAAAUGGUUGCAUUCAGCCUUUCUAAACAUCUCGUUAAUGAGUUCUUAUUCCGUAGUGAUGCACUGUUGCACUAGUGAAUCUAUAGACAUUUUACAUAGAAAGAGGCAUAUUUAUAUUUUCUUUAAAUGGCACGUUAUAUAGUCCAGGUGUGCUAACCUGGGGUCCUUGACAAUAUAAAAUAAAAUAUUCACUAUCUCUUAAUGAAAGAGUUUGUUUAUUUUCCCCUAAAGCUGUCCUGUGAACCUGAGGUUUCACAUUAGACUAAAGUAGUUCUCAGCUUACUUCAAAAUCAUUUGAAAGUGUCAUCCUUACAAUGUAUAGCAGAUAGGAAACACAGCCAGAUAACCUAAUUCUGCUUUAUUAUAAAGCUACAUUAAUAGGAGCUUGCAAGUCUCUUCCCUCCCCCUCCCCUUUACAGCCCAAUAAUAUUGGGACGAUCCCUUCUGAGCUUCUUGUUUCACCCACUAUGCAGCUGUGGGCUAUGCUCCCCUUAUCUGGCAGCAUCUCUUCACCAGGUCUCCCAAGGUCAUUCCCACAUACCUAUUACAAAAAGCAGAUCACACUUUUGGGGUUACUUCAGCUUCACAGCAGAAAGGGAAGUGAAUGUCAGCAUGAAAAAAAGUGAAAGGCUUCACACUUUUUGGUCUCUGGUCCUACCUAUCAAUUCUUUCAACUUCAUUCAACAUUGGCAGGUAGAUUUGGGUGGGGUAGGUGGGUUGGGUAGAUGUGUUAAAAAAAUCAUGGCAGCUGUGAUCAUGGACAAUAUUUUUGAUCCCUGAAUUCAGAUUCCUCUGUCUCAAAUCAAUUUAUUCUUCUUUAGCUUGGUACCUUCUCGGUGUGUUGGAAUAAAGUUCACAGAUUUCAACUUGUGAUACCUCUAAUGCAUCUGGAAGUGAGCAGAUUAAGUAAGGUUUUAAGGAAUAUAACAUUCAAUGAUAAAAAGUUUUCGUACACCUAAUCAGAAGCAAUGUUUUUCCUAUCAUUUAUACUAUACAUGAGGAGAUGUUUAGUUCUGCUGCUCAUAGCCUUAAAAAGUUUUACUUCAUUUUGUUUGUUCAUACCUAAAUUACUGGCCUAGUAUGCUUUAUUAAGAGAGCGAGAUAAAAAAAACUCAACUGCUCAACUCUGCAACAGAUCUGCCUGGCACUUUCUCUAUAGAAAAAUAACCAUUAGCAGCUGUGUCAUGGGAAUUAAGAGUUUUUCCAGAACAGGAAAAGUGCAACUGUGCUGAUAGCACAGAAAAUAAAUAAAUAAAUAGAUGAGGUAGAUGGUACAUCCUAUUGAUGAAUAGGCAGCAUGCAAUCAAAUUCUAUGCCUUUGUCUUAGCAGGGACUCAGAUGGGUGGAGAGGCUCUGAAACUGCUCCAAUCUUUCUAAAAAUGAUCAGACCGCACCCUGUGCUUCAAUUUAAUAUAAUUUAUUUAGGCACUGAUACAAUUCCAGUCACUUGUCCUUUCACCAUUUCUUUUCUCCAUCCAAUUCAGCUAAUAACCUGAAUGGAUCAAAUUUUGUUUAUGAUUAUCUCAUAAAACUGUCCCUUUUCACAGAUAAGUGUCAGAGUAUUAUAAUAAAACCCAGGCAAUGUUCUCAUACUCUGCUAAGUAGGAAUUACGCACCCUUAUAGUGCUAUUAAAAAUAAGAUAAGAAUACUGUGAUGAUUAAUAAUUAGAAGUGAGUAUUACAAUCAGAUUAUAUUGAAGGCAGCAAUAUAAGGAAAACAAGUAUAGAAAUGUUUCUUCAAGUUAGUUAGUUUGUCUAGCCAAUAUUACUUAUUUUAACUGUUAACAGAUUACUAAGAUCAAAACUGGAAAUAUUUUACAGUACUUGCUAUUUGGUUACUUAUACUAAAGAAGUUACAGUUCCAGAUCUCAUACCAUGUUUGGACAUCAGAUUUACUUAGAAACUGCAGUUAGCUACGUUUAUACAUUAUGCUAAACCAUAGUAUAAAAACCUUGGUGCACAUAUAAUACUAAGCCAAAAUCAUGGCUUAAUAAGGCUUAGCAUGAUCAUUCUGAACCCUGAUGCCCUCCAAAUGUGUUCACAAGAUUUCCUGGAAAUCUGCUUAUCUAGAAGAUGCUAGGAUGGAGAAUGCUGGCUUAGCACAGUAUGAAAACCAGGCCUGGGCUUUAUUAUAAUAUUUUGAAAGUUGUCUGUGAAAAGGGACAAUGUUAUAAGACCUUCAUAAGCAGAAGUUGAUUCAUUCAGAAUCUCAUUAAAGACUAAAUAUCUACUGUGGUCUUGUAGUCACAGUUGUUGAUGUUUUUGUUCUGAUUCUCAGUCCCAUAGGAACAGUAUGUAGGAUAUUUUUUUUAAUUGAUUGUAUGAUUGUAAUCAUGAUUAAUUUAGACUUAGUGGAUUUGAAUGCACUAUAAAUAUAGUGCCCUGUAAAUAUUGAAAUAAUAUCAAACAACUGCAGUGAGGGACACCAUUUUGCUGAUGUGCUGCUUGCAAUCCUCCUGGGUGUGUCUGGCUAGACAUGCUGAAAUACAAAACUCAAAACAGAUAGCCCUUAGCCUAAUAGAUUGGUUUGUUCACAUGGUUUUGUUCUCUUGGGUGGCACACUACAAUUGCAACUUUAACAUUGGUGAAAUUCUUCAUGAAUUUAUUUGACAUAAAUUUAACAGUAAAGUUGAUUGGCUAUUACAACUAAACUUAUAUAUUCUAUUACCCCAUAAGUGAUCUGUUGGCAUUUUGAUAGUUUAAUAUAUUCUGCACGCCUAGACACUGUUAUGUCAUGAUGCAUGUAAGACAAACAGUGACUUCGCACAAAAAAAUAAGCCUGACCAGUCGGAGAUAUGAAUAAAAGUGUGUAGACUGUA